CGAGUCCGACCAGUACGAAGAUAUAUGGACUCACUAGUGUUAAGUCGCACUGGAUAAGAGCGUCUGAUAAAUGACUCAAAUGUAUAUGUUUAUCUUGAGCAAGUAAAGUGAUUUCAAUGUAGACUACUAGGCGCAUGCGUUCUGAAGAAGCAGCCAGGAAGGGGGACUCCAGUUAGGCAUUCUAGGUCCAACAUCAGUACUGCGUACGAGGGAAGAUAUCGCCCGACUUCAAAUACAUGAUCCUUGGCUAAUCCUCCAGCCUCUUGGGAACGAAGAUAAUAACCUGUGCCGGAAUUAGCUAGACACAGACACGAAAACAACGUUGUGGAGAUUUACAUAAGACACAUUCGCUGCUGUCGCUUUUCCGAUACAGGUUCCGUCCUCUCGGGUUCGUUGAGGAUGAGGUUCCCGACCAUCAGACGCUGUCCUGGGGAAGGAGAUGGGAAGAAGGAACUCGCUCCACCAUUUAGGAACCCCUUUGUACAUGACUUGAGAUUCACCCCGCUCGAAAAGGCAAAGAUAGCGUUGAUGACGGUGACUCUGUUCCCCAUCCGGUUGUUCCUGGCAGCCUUCAUGAUGCUGCUGGCCUGGCCCUUCGCCUUCAUCGCCUCUGUGGGACGCGACGACAUGGUGGUGGAGCCCCAGUCCUUAUGGAGGAAGUUCGUGGACGUUGCUCUGAGGACCAUCAUGCGGGUCAUGUGGUUUGCAGGAGGCUUCCAUUGGAUGACGGUGAAGGGGCGCCAGGCGCUACCGGCCGAGGCUCCUAUCCUAACCCUGGGACCCCACUCCUCUUACUUCGAUGCUAUCCCCGUCACCAUGACCAUGUCCUCCAUCGUCAUGAAGGCAGAGAGCAAGGACAUCCCUGUCUGGGGCACCCUGAUCAAGUACAUCAGACCAGUGUUUGUCUCCAGGUCAGACCAGGACUCCCGUAAGAAGACUGUUGAGGAGAUCAAACGCAGAGCCCAGUCUGGAGGAGGAUGGCCUCAGAUAAUGAUUUUCCCAGAGGGAACGUGUACCAACAGGUCCUGUCUCAUCACGUACAAACCAGGAGCGUUUAUUCCAGCGGUGCCAGUUCAGCCUGUGGUGAUAAAAUACCCCAAUAAUAUGGACACAAUCACCUGGACGUGGCAGGGGCCUGGAGCGUUUAAGAUCCUGUGGCUCACGCUGUGCCAGCUGCACAAUGAGUUCAUCAUUGAGUUCCUUCCUGUCUACACUCCAUCAGAAGAGGAGAGGAACAACCCUGCACUGUUUGCUCACAACGUCAGGCGCCUGACGGCCAAAGCGCUGGACAUCCCCAUUACUGACUACUCGUUUGAAGACUGUCAGCUGGCCAUGGCUGAGGGUCAACUCAGACUCCCGGUUGACACAUGCCUGCUGGAGUUCGCCAAGCUGGUCCGGAGACUGGGGUUGAAGCCCCAGAACGUAGAGAAGGUACUGCAGGAGUUUGGUAACAGAGCCAGGAAGAUGGAAGGAGAGAAGCUGGGUCUGGAAGACUUUGCCCACUACCUUGAUGUCCCCGUGUCAGACAUGCUCAGAGACAUCUUCUCCCUCUUCAACGAGCAGGCAGACAACAUGAUAGACAUCAGAGAAUAUGUCAUCGCCUUAUCGGUUGUAUGCAGACCUGCUAAAACACUGGAGACCAUGAAGCUGGCCUUCAAGAUGUUUGAGGCGGAGGAGGACGGUGCCGUCACAGGGGCUGAGUUGGCCUGCAUCCUGAAGACUGCGUUAGGAGUGUCUGUCCUCGACGUCUCACGUCUCUUCACUGCUAUCGACACAGAGGACGCUGGGAAACUCACCUUCGACAAGUUCAGGAGCUUUGCAGAGCAGCACCCAAACUUCAGUGAGGACUACCUGUCCACAGACAAUACAGGCCGUAACGGCUGUCCUCACCAGCCCAACGCCACGCCCGACGCCAAGCCUCAGACCAAUGGCUUCUGCCCUGACUUCAGCCCGCGAGACAACCACCACGACACAACGACGGACGGUUCAGUGAAGAAACACAACUGAGUCUGUCAGCCAUCUCAGAAUCCACCUCUCCUGGUGAGAGAGUGGUGGUGGUGGUGGGGGUUGUUGUUGAUGGGCUAUAUGUAUGGUCAGUCAGACACACACACACACACACACACAAACACACACACACACACACACACACACACACACACACACACACACACACACACACACACACACACAGGAGAAAUGUAACCCUUAUUAUUAACCGUAUCCAUAAUGUUUCUACGGUUCAUUUGAUCUUGAUGAUCUAACGUUGUUGCUUUAGUAGAGUUUUUCUGUAUUUGUUCUGAGGAAGAAACAUGCUUUUCAAUGGCCAAACAGAUGGCUGAUGACGAUUGAGGAGAAAUGAAGCGUGAAACACUUGAAGGGACAACACUUAUUACGUUUCCUCCACGUUGGGGUUUGGGAGUGGUUGAGAGAAGGGACAAAACCCCAGCCAGGGUAGGGACAACACCCCAGCCAGUGAAGGGACAACACCCCAGCCAGUGAAGAGACAACACCCCAGCCAGGGUAGGGACAACACCCCAGCCAGGGUAGGGACAACACCCCAGCCAGUGAAGGGACAACACCCCAGCCAGUGAAGAGACAACACCCCAGCCAGGGUAGGGACAACACCCCAGCCAGGGUAGGGACAACACCCCAGCCAGGGUAGGGACAACACCCCAGCCAGGGUAGGGACAACACCCCAGCCAGGGUAGGGACAACACCCCAGCCAGUGAAGGGACAACACCCCAGCCAGGGUAGGGACAACACCCCAGCCAGGGUAGGGACAACACCCCAGCCAGUGAAGGGACAACACCCCAGCCAGUGAAGGGACAACACCCCAGCCAGUGAAGGGACAACACCCCAGCCAGUGAAGGGACAACACCCCAGCCAGUGAAGGGACAACACCCCAGCCAGUGAAGGGACAACACCCCAGCCAGUGAAGGGACAACACCCCAGCCAGGGUAGGGACAACACCCCAGCCAGUGAAGAGACAACACCCCAGCCAGUGAAGGGACAACACCCCAGCCAGGGAAGAGACAACACCCCAGCCAGUGAAGGGACAACACCCCAGCCAGUGAAGGGACAACACCCCAGCCAGGGAAGAGACAACACCCCAGCCAGUGAAGAGACAACACCCCAGCCAGUGAAGGGACAACACCCCAGCCAGUGAAGGGACAACACCCCAGCCAGUGAAGAGACAACACCCCAGCCAGUGAAGGGACAACACCCCAGCCAGGGAAGAGACAACACCCCAGCCAGUGAAGAGACAACACCCCAGCCAGUGAAGGGACAACACCCCAGCCAGUGAAGGGACAACACCCCAGCCAGUGAAGAGACAACACCCCAGCCAGUGAAGGGACAACACCCCAGCCAGUGAAGGGACAACACCCCAGCCAGUGAAGGGACAACACCCCAGCCAGUGAAGGGACAACACCCCAGCCAGUGAAGGGACAACACCCCAGCCAGUGAAGGGACAACACCCCAGCCAGUGAAGGGACAACACCCCAGCCAGUGAAGGGACAACACCCCAGCCAGUGAAGGGACAACACCCCAGCCAGUGAAGGGACAACACCCCAGCCAGUGAAGGGACAACACCCCAGCCAGUGUAGGGACAACACCCCAGCCAGUGAAGGGACAACACCCCAGCCAGGGUAGGGACAACACCCUAGCCAGUGAAGGGACAACACCCCAGCCAGGGUAGGGACAACACCCUAGCCAGUGAAGGGACAACACCCUAGCCAGUGAAGGGACAACACCCUAGCCAGUGAAGGGACAACACCCUAGCCAGUGAAGGGACAACACCCCAGCCAGUGAAGGGACAACACCCCAGCCAGUGAAGGGACAACACCCCAGCCAGGGUAGGGACAACACCCCAGCCAGUGAAGAGACAACACCCCAGCCAGUGAAGGGACAACACCCUAGCCAGGGUAGGGACAACACCCUAGCCAGUGAAGAGACAACACCCCAGCCAGUGAAGGGACAACACCCUAGCCAGGGUAGGGACAACACCCUAGCCAGUGAAGGGACAACACCCCAGCCAGUGAAGGGACAACACCCCAGCCAGUGAAGGGACAACACCCCAGCCAGGGUAGGGACAACACCCCAGCCAGUGAAGAGACAACACCCCAGCCAGGGAAGGGACAGCACCCCCCCCCCAGCCAGUGAAGAGACAACACCCCAGCCAGUGAAGAGACAACACCCCAGCCAGUGAAGAGACAACACCCCAGCCAGUGAAGGGACAACACCCCAGCCAGGGUAGGGACAACACCCCAGCCAGUGAAGAGACAACACCCCAGCCAGGGUAGGGACAACACCCCAGCCAGUGAAGAGACAACACCCCAGCCAGUGAAGAGACAACACCCCAGCCAGGGUAGGGACAACACCCCAGCCAGGGUAGGGACAACACCCCAGCCAGUGAAGAGACAACACCCCAGCCAGGGUAGGGACAACACCCCAGCCAGUGAAGAGACAACACCCCAGCCAGGGUAGGGACAACACCCCAGCCAGUGAAGAGACAACACCCCAGCCAGGGUAGGGACAACACCCCAGCCAGGGUAGAGACAACACCCCAGCCAGGGAAGAGACACCACCCCAGCCAGUGAAGAGACAACACCCCAGCCAGGGUAGGGACAACACCCCAGCCAGUGAAGGGACAACACCCCAGCCAGUGAAGAGACAACACCCCAGCCAGUGAAGAGACAACACCCCAGCCAGGAUAGAGACAACACCCCAGCCAGGGUAGGGACAACACCCCAGCCAGUGAAGAGACAACACCCCAGCCAGUGAAGAGACAACACCCCAGCCAGUGAAGAGACAACACCCCAGCCAGGAUAGAGACAACACCCCAGCCAGGGUAGGGACAACACCCCAGCCAGUGAAGAGACAACACCCCAGCCAGGGUAGGGACAACACCCCAGCCAGUGAAGGGACAACACCCCAGCCAGGGUAGGGACAACACCCCAGCCAGUGAAGAGACAACACCCCAGCCAGUGAAGAGACAACACCCCAGCCAGUGAAGGGACAACACCCCAGCCAGUGAAGGGACAACACCCCAGCCAGUGAAGAGACAACACCCCAGCCAGUGAAGAGACAACACCCCAGCCAGUGAAGGGACAACACCCCAGCCAGUGAAGAGACAACACCCCAGCCAGGGUAGGGACAACACCCCAGCCAGUGAAGAGACAACACCCCAGCCAGGGUAGAGACAACACCACAGCCAGGGUAGGGACAACACCCCAGCCAGUGAAGGGACAACACCCCAGCCAGUGAAGGGACAACACCCCAGCCAGUGAAGAGACAACACCCCAGCCAGGGUAGGGACAGCACCCCAGCCAGGGUAGAGACAGCACCCCCCCCCAGCCAGGGUAGGGACAACACCCCAGCCAGUGAAGAGACAACACCCCAGCCAGGGUAGGGACAACACCCCAGCCAGGGUAGGGACAACACCCCAGCCAGUGAAGGGACAACACCCCAGCCAGGGUAGGGACAACACCCCAGCCAGUGAAGGGACAACACCCCAGCCAGGGUAGGGACAACACCCCAGCCAGUGAAGGGACAACACCCCAGCCAGGGUAGGGACAACACCCCAGCCAGUGAAGGGACAACACCCCAGCCAGUGAAGAGACAACACCCCAGCCAGGGAAGGGACAACACCCCAGCCAGUGAAGGGACAACACCCCAGCCAGUGAAGGGACAACACCCCAGCCAGUGAAGAGACAACACCCCAGCCAGGGAAGAGACAACACCCCAGCCAGUGAAGAGACAACACCCCAGCCAGUGAAGGGACAACACCCCAGCCAGGGUAGGGACAACACCCCAGCCAGUGAAGGGACAACACCCCAGCCAGGGUAGGGACAACACCCCAGCCAGGGUAGAGACAACACCCCAGCCAGUGAAGAGACAACACCCCAGCCAGUGAAGGGACAACACCCCAGCCAGGGAAGAGACAACACCCCAGCCAGUGAAGGGACAACACCCCAGCCAGGGAAGAGGCAACACCCCAGCCAGGGAAGAGACAACACCCCAGCCAGGGAAGAGACAACACCCCAGCCAGGGUAGGGACAACACCCUAGCCAGUGUAGAGACAACACCCCAGCCAGGGUAGGGACAACACCCCAGCCAGUGAAGAGACAACACCCCAGCCAGUGAAGGGACAACACCCCAGCCAGGGUAGGGACAACACCCCAGCCAGUGAAGGGACAACACCCCAGCCAGGGUAGGGACAACACCCCAGCCAGUGAAGGGACAACACCCCAGCCAGGGUAGGGACAACACCCCAGCCAGGGUAGAGACAACACCCCAGCCAGUGAAGGGACAACACCCCAGCCAGGGUAGAGACAACACCCCAGCCAGUGAAGGGACAACACCCCAGCCAGUGAAGGGAACUUUAGUUUUGAGUGAAUUCAGUGUUUCUUUCUUUGUUUAAUCUUUUUCUUUCUAAUGGAAGCGGCCAUUUUAAAACGCAUGUUUGAGUCUGCAUGGGUGCUUUACGGUCAGUGAGCAGUACGGAGGGAGUUUGACUGAGUAGAACAGCCUUGAAGCACCAGUGACAUUGUCUGAGGCCACUUUGGCUUUGAUUGAACUUUUGAGGUGCAAUAUGGCUGAUGUACAGAUGUAGGAUCUUAAUUUGAGUCAGUUUGCUACAGCAGAAAAAUAAUCCUGCAGCAAUAGGAAAUGUUGAAUUAUUAUAUGGAUUAUAAUGAAUGGUAAUUGUUGGGCAGGUUAAUACAUCAAAAUAUAAUACAAGAGAAAACAAAGUCUUACAUUUCUACGUGGAAAUUACAAACUUCAAAAGCCAUUUUACACGUAAAAUACACUAAACGUUUUAAAUGCAGGAAAGUUCUCCUGAAACAGGGUGAUCAAAUGAAGAUCCUACACCUGUAAGAGGGGUCAGAUUUAAUCUGUGAUAUGGCUGAUGGCUGAGGGUCAGAUUUAAGGUGUGAUUAUGGCUGAUAGCAGAGGGGCCAGAUUUAAGGUGUGAUUAUGGCUGAUAGCAGAGGGGCCAGAUUUAAGGUGUGAUUAUGGCUGAUAGCAGAGGGGUCAGAUUUAAGGUGUGAUUAUGGCUGAUAGCAGAGGGGUCAGAUUUAAGGUGUGAUUAUGGCUGAUAGCAGAGGGGUCAGAUUUAAGGUGUGAUAUGGCUGAUAUCAGAGGGGUCCGAUUUAAGGUGUGAUUAUGGCUGAUAGCAGAGGGGCCAGAUUUAAGGUGUGAUUAUGGCUGAUAGCAGAGGGGUCAGAUUUAAGGUGUGAUAUGGCUGAUAGCAGAGGGGUCAGAUUUAAGGUGUGAUUAUGGCUGAUAGCAGAGGGGUCAGAUUUAAGGUGUGAUUAUGGCUGAUAUCAGAGGGGUCAGAUUUAAGGUGUGAUUAUGGCUGAUAUCAGAGGGGUCAGAUUUAAGGUGUGAUUAUGGCUGAUAGCAGAGGGGCCAGAUUUAAGGUGUGAUUAUGGCUGAUAUCAGAGGGGCCAGAUUUAAGGUGUGAUUAUGGCUGAUAUCAGAGGGGUCAGAUAUAAGGUGUGAUUAUGGCUGAUAUCAGAGGGGUCAGAUUUAAGGUGUGAUUAUGGCUGAUAGCAGAAAGAUGGCAGAGAUCCAGAUGCUGGUUGAACUCAAAAUGAGCAGAUCAUGUUUUUAUAAUCUCAGGGUUCAGUAACGAGACGUAUUCAACUAGAAAGAUGUCCUUGUCGUCAUGUGACAUGGCCUUGACCACAGUCCUGGAAACAUGGUUCUAUACCAUAAUGACCAUGUCUUUAAGGACUAAGUCAAUUUUCUGUGUACAAAAUUGCACCCUAUUCCAAACACAGUGCACUACGUUUGACCAGAGACCUCUAAGUGCCCUAUGUAGGGAACAGGGUGCCAUUGGAGACUGACCCAUGGUGCCUAGAACUAGAGGUGUAUACGGCUUUAAGGGAAAACAAUAGAACUAGAGGUGUAUAAGGCUUUAAGGGUUAACAGAAUAGAACUAGAGGUGUAUAAGGCUUUAAGGGAAAACAAUAGAACUAGAGGUGUAUAAGACUUUAAGGGAAAACAAUAGAACUAGAGGUGUAUAAGGCUUUAAGGGUUAACAGAAUAGAACUAGAGGUGUAUAAGACUUUAAGGGAAAACAAUAGAACUAGAGGUGUAUACGGCUUUACAGGAAAUCAUAUUUAUGGUGCAUUUCCUCAACAAUGCAUUUUGUUUUUAGCGUACGGUGGUCAAAAGUUUUAGUUUCUCCAGAGAAACCCAACAACAUGUCCUCAUGCCUUCCAUUGUAAUAGAUCACGUUGAUACAGUAUUACGUUAGCCCACUCUAACCCAAACACGCUCCCAUUUCAAACUGCCUACGUUGUGAUGAGGCUAAACUUACGACUACUUCCUGGCGAGCUAGAUAGAUUAAAUAUGACUUUCAGCAUCACUGCUGUUCACUAUUUAUCCGUAGUUUAUCUCAUGUACAGCGCCUUCGGAAAGUAUUCAGACCCCUUGACUUUUUCUACAUUUUGUUAAGUUACAGCCUUAUUCUAAAAUUGAUUAAAUUGUUUUUUCCCCCCCUCGUCAAUCUACACACAAUAAUGACAAAGCAAAAACAGGUUUUUAGAAAUGUUUGCUAAUUUAUAUACAAAUAUUUAACUGAAAUAUGACAUUUACAUAAGUAUUCAGACCCUUUACUCAGUACUUUGUUGAAGCACCUUUGGCAGUGAUUACAGCCUCGAGUCUUCUUGGGUAUGACGCUACAAGCUUGGCACACCUGUAUUUGGGGAGUUUCUCCCAUUCUUCUUUGCAGACCCUCUCAAGCUCUGUCAGGUUGGAUGAGGACUGUUGCUGCACAGCUAUUUUCAGGUCUCUCCAGAGAUGUUUGAUCAGGUUCAAGUCCGGCCUCUGGCUGGGCCACUCAAUUAAAUUCAAAGACUUGUCCCGAAGCCACUCCUGCGUUGUCUUGGGGUCGUUGUCCUGUUGGAAGGUGAACCUUUGCCCCAGUCUGAGGUCCUGAGCACUCUGGAGCAGGUUUUCAUCAAGGAUCUCUCUGUACUUUGCUCUGUUCAUCUUUGCCUCGAUCUUGACUAGUCUCCCAGUCCCUGCCCAUGAAAAACAUCCCCACAGCAUGAUGCUGCCACCACCAUGCUUCACCGUAGGGAUGGUGUCAGGUUUCCUCCAGACGUGAUAAUAGUCAUUCAGGCCAAUGAGUUCAAUCUUGGUUUCAUCAGACCAGAGAAUCUUGUUUCUCAUGGUCUGCGAGUCCUUUUGGCAAACUCCAAGCGGGCUGUCAUGUACCUUUUACUGAGGAGUGGCUUCCGUCUGGCCUCUUUACCAUAAAGGCCUGAUUGGUGGAGUGCUGCAGUGAUGGUUGUCCUUCUGGAAGGUUCUUCCAUCUCCACAGAGGAACUCUGGAGCUCUGUCAGAGUGACCAUCGGGUUCUUGGUCACCUCCCUGACCAAGGCCCUUCUCCCCCGAUUGCUCGGUUUGGCCGGGUGGCCAGCUCUAGGAAGAGUCUUGGUGGUUCCAAACUUCUUCCAUUUAAGAAUGAGGCCACUGUGUUCUUGGGGAACGUCAAUGCUGCAGAAAUAUUUUGGUACCCUUCCCCAGAUCUAUGCCUCGACACAAUCCUGUUUCGGAGCUCUACGGACAAUUCCUUCGACCUCAUUGCUUGGUUUUUGCUCUGACAUGCACUGUCAACUGUGGGACCUUAUAAGGACAGGUGUGUGCCUUUCCAAAUAAUGUCCAAUCCAUUGAAUUUACCACAGGUGGACUCCAAUCAAGUUGUAGAAACAUCAAGGAUGAUCAAUGGACGCACACGUGCAUCUGAGCUCAAUUUUGAGUCUUAUAGCAAAGGGUCUGAAUACAAAUGUAAAUAAGGUUUUUCUGGGUUUUAUUUUUAAUAAAUUAGCAAAAAUUAAAAAAAAAACUGUUUUCACUUUGGCAUUAUGGGGUAUUAUGAUGUCAUUUUGGGGUAUUAUGAUGUCAUUGUGGGGUAUUAUGGGGUAUUGUGAUGUCAUUGUGGGGUAUUGUGAUGUCAUUGUGGGGUAUUGUGUGUAGAUUGAUGAGGAAAACAUUUUAUUUAAUCAGUUUUAGAAUAAGGCUGUAACGUAACAAAAAUGUGGAAAAAGUCAAGGGGUCUGAAAACUUUCAGAAUGCACUGUAUAUCUUCUCUAUCUAUCUAUCUAUCUAUCUAUCUAUCUAUCUAUCUAUCUAUCUAUCUAUCUAUCUAUCUAUCUAUCUCUCUAUCUAUCUAUCUAUCUAUCUCUCUAUCUAUCUAUCUAUCUAUCUUUCAUGUGUGACUAAAUGUUUUUCACGUCAUGGAGUCCACUGUCUACUGUUAGGUUGUUAUGUUUCAGAGUAAAUAACCCACAGACACCGGAGAAGCUUUAACCAAGUGUAAUUCUUCCCAGAGGUUCUGUACAGCUGUAAUCAGACAAACCAACAUCCCAUCCAGAUAUUUAUAUCCCAAGUAAGACACUCCCUCUCACCACUCCUUACAGUUUAGGCCUAACAGGAAGAAGGGAACCAGAUACUAAACCCUGAUUACUCCCUUAAGGGGAACUGACCUCACCUCCUCACCUCCUGACCUCACCCCCUCACCUCCUGACCUCACCCCCUCACCUCCUGACCUUAACCCCUCCUUCACCUAAUCCACGGAUGUCCAUCUGUCUUCCCUGUAUCAACACGUCGCUCUCCUCUCCUCCAUCAAACACAUUCCAAAGCCUUCUGUCUUUCUACAGAGAAAGACCCUUCACUUCCUCCUUUGCAUUCUAUGCUUCUUCUCAAUCAUUUAUUUAACAUCUCAAUGUUCAAAAUGUCGAAGCCAACAAUACAUUAGUUCAUCUGGCGCUGAAGGACAAGAAUUUACACAGAGUCUGCACCUUUUUAAGUCUGCACCUUGAUUAAUGCACUAUCAACAACUAGUAAAGGUCCAAAUAGCUUGUGGGGGGGAUCCAUUUAUUCCUACGUUGGGAGAUACACCGCUCACACUUAAUUCUGUGCAGAAAUGAUAAAUACUCUCAUUUAAGGAGUAUUUAAAUGUUAAGACAUUCCAUUUUGUAUCACGGGACGUUUUCUUCCAUGUUCUCCACGUAUUAUCAACGUCCUACAGACACCUCGUGUUGUUUGACGUUUUCUCUUCUGUGGUUGUUAUACUCUUAUUGCACCACAUCAAUCUGAUAAAUUAACAAUGUCUUAAGAAUGUUAAAUAUCUCUUUUAAGGAUUAAGAAAUUCCUGACACUUGAAUGCCUAAUUUUGCCCCGUGAAAUAACAUAAUCACUUAAUUGUAGGUGUUUUAACUCACUGAGUCGUGUAUUUUAUUUAAUAGUUGUUUUAAUUCUAACUUUCUCUGAAAUGUGUUGCUCUUUUCAAUCAGUUGUGGCCAAUUGACAAUCAUUUUUUUGAGGGUAAAUAUUACUGUAGGUAGACGAGACUUGCUGGUAGAAAUAUAUGCUGCAUGGGAAGACCAAGGGAGAUGCUGUGAACUGUAUUUCUCCUUCGUUAAUACUUGGUCUCACGACAGAUGGCGUCAUGGUAACGUGACCACGUUGCCGUCGAUCGUCAGUGCAGACGGCCGUCUCUGACGUAAGACCGGGAAUGAUCUGAGAUCUGAGUUAAUAUAUGAGAUGUUAGCUGGAUUACAUUGGUUUUUAUUUUUAACUGACGGUAAACCUGUUUAAAUAGACGUAAAAAUGGAGUGAAAUUUUGGAAAAAGGGAAAUAUCUCAUCUCACAUUCCUGUCUCGAGUUUACUUCUUUGUAAUAACUUUGCUACAUGAAUCUGUGUCCAUAGGGACCUGGUCUAAAGUAGUGCACUAUGUAGGGAAUAGGGCCCUGGUCUAAUGUAGUGCACUAUAUAGGGAAUAGGGCCCUGGUCUAGAGUAGUGCCUAUAUAGGGACUAGGGUGCCAUCUGGGACAUAGCCUGUCUAUCUAUCCACUGUUAAUAACCUGAAUGUUACUAUAGAGGUCUAUUGGACAGGUGAUUGUUUCUAUAGAGACGGGGUCUGCCAUCUAAAAGAGCCGUGGAAUCUGAAUACAAGUUGUUUCUAUAACACAUUCUUAUAGCAUGUCUAUCACUUACAUAACCAAACCCCCCCCCACCUCACACCCAAAUAAGGCUUUAAUAAUGGAAGCAAUAUAUGACAUCAUUCACCGUCUCUCAACUUCCUCUCCUUGUGAAGGAGUUCAAAGGAUAUGUAUUUUUGAAUAUUCCAAAUGCGGGCAUUUUGUGAAUUUCUGGUAAUACGUAAAUGAUUUUUUUCUUUUAAUUUCCCUGCUUGCCGUGAGCAAAAUGUGAUCUUUUUUAUCCUGUGGAUUGUGUGCCGAUGCUCAAAGUCAGUCUGUUCUUGUUUCUUUUGUACGAACGGAGAUAGAUUUGUGUUGUGUUACUCAAACAGCCUCAAAAUCAAUUGUUAAUAACUUGUUGUUCUUCUUCUUCUUAUUAUUAUUGACUGCUCUAGACAACAAAAUGCAUAUUUAAAAAUAAAAAUUAACAAAAAAUUAACAAUAGCCUUGAAUCUAUCUAUUUAUCUAUCUAUGGUUUUCAGAUUAUAAAAAGAGAAUGUAUAGACUGUCUGUAUAUGCUCAUAUAUGCUGAUAUAUAACAAAUGUACUUUAAAUCAUGAUUUCCAAAACAAUAUUGUGUUAUUAGUGCUUCUAUUCCAAGCUGUGACCUUGGUCAAAGUGUACAAGGUUGAACAGUAGUUGUGUGUGUUAAGCCUUGAGGUACAGAUCCCCUGCCAUAUGACAGGCCUACGCACCAACCUAGACACACUGGAUCCACACAUUUAUAAUGGGACUUUUUGUUGUUGUUGCUAUAAUUCACCGCCACAGUUACUUUAUCUGUUCUCCGUGAAUAUGAUUAUACCGUUUUGUUUUUUAUCAUGUAUUUGUGCUUUUACACUUUAGAUUGAAUUCUCUCUCUUCUUUUUUUUAUUUUAUUUUUUUUAUUCCUGAGGAAGUGUAACGUCUGUUGCUUCUCAUUUCAUGGUAUAUAUUACUGUGGUCAUGCUUGUAUUAUCUUUUCAUAUUUGUUAUUAAAUUGAACUCAUCAUAAUAAAGAUCUGGAAUUCCAGUUUGGGGGGGGGUUUGUAUCCCCAAGUUCACCUCCCCCAUUUUUUUUUUUGUUGUUGUAAAGAAAGAGAUCUGUGUUCUAUAUUUAGCAUCAGUUUUCUAGAACUGUUGUCGUCUCAGGAUCGUUGACGUGUUCUAACACAAGCUUGGUAACUGUUUAACGGACCGGAAAGAGGAAGCUUCUGAUUGGCUUAUUCAAGGAAUAGUCAUCACAGUUGUUUUCGUUUUGUAUUAUUUAGGUAGCUGUGAAAUGAAGAGACUCUGACUGAAACGUAAAAAGGUUGUUGUUUAAAACAAAAGAUGGUCCACCUAGUUCUCCUACUAUUGAUUCCUUCAAUCAUGUUGUCUGUCAUAUUGUUUUAAAUAUCUCACAACAUACAAGAAUCAUUCUGUUUCUAUCGGUUUUUAAAAAUGGUUCUGAAGACAAACCGUAAGAGCUGAUAUCUUAUUUAUGCUUCUACUACUGCUGCCUGCUUCUUCUGUGUCCCACACUGACCUGAAGACCAAACAUCUACCUGUGUGUUCCUCUGGACUGAUACCUAGCUAGCUAGCUUUCUGAUGGUUCCUCUGGACUGAUACCUAGCUAGCUGGCUUUCUAAUGGUUCCUCUGGACUGAUACCUAGCUAGCUGGCUUUCUGAUGGUUCCUCUGGACUGAUACCUAGCUAGCUGGCUUUCUGAUGGUUCCUCUGGACUGAUACUUAGCUAGCUAUCUUUCUGAUGGUUCCUCUGGACUGAUACCUAGCUAGCUAUCUUUCUGAUGGUUCCUCUGGACUGAUACCUAGCUAGCUAGCUUUCGGAUGGUUCCUCUGGACUGAUACCUAGCUAGCUACCUUUCUGAUGGUUCCUCUGGACUGAUACCUAGCAUGCUAGCUUUCUGAUGGUUUUGCUGUGUGGACCAGGAUCAUGCUGAAUGUGCUGUUCUUUCUCUCUACAUGUUUCUAUUUUCUCCUCUUGAGUUUUUAUUUGUAAUGUACUUAAACAGUCAUUUACUGCAAGAUACUUUGAAAUGUCUGUUUGGGACAGAUAUGAUGAUAUAACUUGUUAAUGUGACUCUUUUAAUAAAAAAUAAAUAAAACAUUUAACACCAA